CGAGCGAGCACACAGAGCACCAGCGGUGUGCUCUUCGUACGGGUAGCACACAGAAGAAAAACUGAAAAUUCACACAAAAACUUUGUACCUACCGAAAAGAAAUUUUCAUUAACCAAAUAGACCUAUUCCGUUUCAACAACUAUCGUGAAAAAAAUUAAUAAAGCUAAAAACAAUUUAAGUGCUUAAUCAAAAAUAGGAGAACUAAAAACCAAACGAAAAAUCGUCAUUACAUUUUUUUUAAAUAGAAAACGAAUAAAACGAAAACGCGUAAAAUUAACCAAAAAACUUAAUACAUUGAUAUCGGAUUAUGUGUGCUUUUAAUUUUUAAUUUAGUUAAGUACGGAAACGGUAAAAAUGAAGUGAAACCAAUGUGUGAAAAUUCUCAUUAAACAUCAGUAGAAGCAGCAGGCAAGUUUGGGUAUAAAAAAAUUGUCUAUACCCAGCAUGUGAAAGGAAAAAAUCAAAUCCCAUUUCCACGCACUUAUAUAUGCAUAUACAUACAUCCUUACAUAUAUUAUAUGUGAAAACAGUGCACGAACGGGGGGAAACGAUCAGUGGUGCACGAUGAAAAUCAGCAAAUCAGCAAGGCAAGAGUGCAGCAAAUGAGUACAUACAUACAUAUGUAUGGCAGAUAAAAUGGAAAAUUUCUUUUGAAAAUUGCGAGAACUACUUUUUUGCGGAAUACAAAUUCUACGGUGAAUAUUUAUAGAAACCCCCAAAAUCACUUAUGAAUCUACCAGUAGGUGAACAAGAGUAAUACAUAUAUAACGGUAGAAAGGGACAAAAGUGCAGUGUAAGGCGCAGAUCAAUUGAAUUUGAUGGGAGCAGUUGAAGCAGCAUUUGCGGGCGCUAUAAAAAGUCACUGGGUUCUUUUUUGGUUCCAGGUUCCAGCCCAAAUGUCUGGAUGAAGCAUACAAAUGGAUGAAAAUGCCGCCGUCGCUGUCAUUUCUGUCUUCGUCGUCGCCAUUUUGUCAUCAUUACUAUCGAGAUCAAAAACAACAACACAAAAAGCUAACCCAGCAGAAAAGGGCAACAAAACAGCAGGUGCUAACACAAAAGCUAGAAGAGAAAACGCACAGCAAAAAAAUAUUAAUAAAACAACGCUCAAAAACGGACCAGGCCAUCGGGAAGUCAGCAUUAUUUAUUCAGAAACACUUUUUACAGCUUAUGCAGAAGAUAGAGAAAGUAGCAGAGAACUUCCAACAGUCACAGGUGCCAUUGCCACAUCGACAUCCGCAGCUCGCGAAAGAAGUAAGACGAUCUGCGAUUUCCCAUUUCUACAGUUGUUGUUCGCUGGAGAUAGGAACAACAACGGGAUCAGCACUAGCAGCCACAGCGGUAUAAGUAAAAGCUUUCACGAAAAUCCAUACAAAUUGUCCGAUUUGAUUUUGCGGAGUUGAGUGCUCACGUAUGCUACAGAAAAUAUUCAAGUGAAACAUAAGGCCGUAAAUACACGUGGGAGGAAUUAACAGGAGUAAAGUUACCUAUUCAAAUAAAUAACUAACUGACGGGAAAGUAAAGUAGACAUUACAAGAAACUUCUAAAUUAUUGAUUGUGGAUGGCCGCUGUCGUCGUUAUUUUGUUGUGUUAGUACCGACAACGUGCGAUCUAGCGAUACAUCCAAAGUUCGAGAGUAUCCAUAUAGAACGCGCAAAAUGGCGGAUGGAGGACAUACAUUCGUAAAGAAGACAUUUGGAAAGCCUACAUAUUGCCAUCAUUGUUCGGAUUUAAUUUGGGGCAUUAUUCAGAUCGGGUACAUAUGCGAAGUGUGCAAUUUCGUCAUACACGAUCGCUGUGUCUCAAAUGUAGUUACGCCAUGCUCUGGUAUUGCUCCCUGUAUAAUAAAGAACCCUGUUGCUCACUGCUGGUCUGAACCAACUCAUCAUAAAAAGAAAUUCUGCACUGUUUGCCGUAGACGAUUGGAUGACAGUCCCGCGGUGCACUGUUUAAUUUGCGAAUAUUUCGCUCAUCUUGAGUGCCAAGAUUUUGCUGUGCCUGAUUGCACGGAGAAUGCGACGUAUGUACCCGGCAAAGAACUACAGAGCGUGAAACAUCAGCAUCAUUGGCGAGAGGGCAAUCUACCACCGACGUCUAAAUGCGCCUACUGCAAGAAAACGUGCUGGUCAUCGGAAUGCCUGACAGGCUAUCGCUGCGAAUGGUGUGGCAUGACAACGCAUGGAGGAUGUCGCAUGUACCUGCCGACCGAAUGUAGUUUUGGUGUGCUCCAACCCAUCUAUUUACCUCCACAUUCGGUCUCUAUACCACGCACCGAGGUGCCAAUUGAAGCUAUCAUUGGCGUACAAGUAAAGUCUAAAACCGUUUUAGUGCGAGAUUAUUCAUGCCCUGAUCUGAGAACAAUAGAUUGCCAUGCGAGCAACACUUCCGUAAACAGCAUGGCCGCUAAUGAAGGCAAUACAGCAAAAUCAAUUGAGGAGGCAAAUAAUACUCCUGAAUUAAGUUUAAGAGAGAUUUUAUUUAUUGAAAGACAACGACGAGAGAUAUCAAAACAAAAUUUUCUACUUUCAUCUUCCCCUCGGUCCAUUACGCCCUCAUCGAUAUCAACGGCUCCAACAUCGCCUUUACCUCUACCAACUCUUUAUUCACAAUUCUCGCACUUUCCACACUUAGUGGACGAUCAAACUUCUCCCAAUUCAGAAAAUGAAGAUGGUGAUGAACACUGCAAGCACUCGGAUAUAUCCGUCUGCCACGAUUUAAAUGAGGACAGCGCUAUGCAGAUAACCAGCGCGGCAACAUGGAGCCAGAAAUUAGGUUGUAGUAUAGAGAAGUCGCCUUCCACACCUUCUUCGCUACAUCUGCUAUAUACAAACUUUUUACGGCGUGUGCAGCCAAUCCCGCGUAAGCACCUUUCCUCAAACACUGACGACGAAGAAGAGGAUGUAGGUGUGUGUGAUAUUAGCGGCGGUGACAUAAGCGACGAAUAUGACCGCUGUGAUGUUAUGUUGCACGAGCAAGAUUUGACCGACGCUGGUGACCAAUCACCAAUAGGUAAAAAUCUUAGUGCCGGUGGUGUUACUGGCGACAGUGUAGAAGCUGUAGCGAAGUCUGGCAUAGAACGACAACGAAAAAAUCUCUGUGAAACUUCUGAUACAGGCGGCAACCUUACGACUACCGACGAUAUUGACAAUGACUCCAGUAUGAAUCUAAUUAGUAAUUUAAGCUUUAAUAGUAGUAAUAGUAAUGCAUCGAUAGAGAAUCGUUAUAAAUUAAGUGAUAAACGCAAAAAUGCUCAAAACGUGCCAUUAGCAGUAAGUAAUCCCGAAGUGCGACCAAUUGUUGAGACGUAUACAUUGGUUACGCAUGCGCCAGCAACUCAGAAAAGUAGCAAAAGCGGCUGGCAUGGAAAAUCCUCUAAGACUGUUACUUUAUUGAAAUCAAAAACCCACAACCUCAACCCGUUCAAGGGUACCCCAGCCACAGGCGGGUCUCUCAGCUGUUCGCCCAACUCCAGCGAUUGCUCCUCGCAUUCGCCCUUGUCGACGGAUCGGUUUAAUGCGCAGCCUUCGGCCGUAAGUCGCAGUAAAUCCUUCCAAGAGCCCGGAGUUAAGCAAUACGCACGUCAAAAAAAAUACACGCGUCUUUUCCGACGCCGUUCAAAAAAACGUUCCAAUGAACAGGGUGCCACAGACACCAAAACUUCAAAAAGUGUUCGCAGUUUAGAUACAACGAGGCAAAGUAUAGAGAUCACAAUACAAGACGAGGACGGUAACUAUCAGCCAUACAACGACGACUAUUUCACAUUGAAGGAUGUUGGGAGCGGCCUUAUGCGUCGAGUCUGCACCGAUGACGAUGGAGAUUUUGAAGAGGAUUUCGAUGACGAUUUAGUAAGGCAUAUAGAAAUAGAAUCACAUACCCAGACGCGCAGUAGUGGAGCUAGCAGUCCGGCAACGUUUCAUCGGUAUUUGGACGAUCGGCCAUAUAGUGGUGCCAGCGACGACGCUGCAGGAGGUGAUAUUAGUGACGGAGGCAGCAGUCGCAGUCGUUCGCGCACUAGUGAUAACGAAGAGCACGUCUUUGGGCGGUUGUUGCGACGCAUGCAGUGCUUAUCGCUGGGGUGGCGGAAACAACGUUACUACAAGCGCAGAGCACGAAGUAUAUCAGAGGAGUUCAGUAGCGGCGACACGCCACGCUUCAAAGAUGAAGAAUCGGUCACGAAAACCGAUGCAAUGCACGCUAGUGCCGUUAGUGGGGGAAGUGGCACAUCUUCACACUAUCGUCCCGAAUCUACUUCGCACAAGUCGGAGAAGUCAGAUAAGGAUAAAACCAAAAAGGAGAAAGAAAGUGAGGAAAAGGACAUUGAAAUGAUCAAAGUUUUUGACGGCAAUAACUCAGUCAGACGUCAGCUAUAUCGGGUAAUUACUGUGCCGCGUACAUAUACCUUAGAACAACUAUUAACUACAGCGCUGCGUGCAUUCCAUAUAACCAGGGAUCCAAGCGCAUUUUAUAUGACUGACUUGUAUGCUCCAUCUGGCAUGGAGGACGCUCCACUACAGGACCCGACGCCCAUCAUAAAUUUGACACAUCUGGAAGGCAAGAGACCAGCUAUAUAUCUCAGGUUUCACGAUAAGGACAAGGGAUACGUACGUGUCUAUCCGGGUAAAUUGCAAUGCUCCCUGGAAGACCCUUUCGUUAGUGUUCCUGUUGAAAAUACUACCAUUAUUAAGGAUUUGAUUCGCGAUGCUCUAGAUAGAUUUGGCUUACAAGAUAAUCAAAUUCAAGAUUAUAGAUGUUCCGAAGUAUUGCUAGAUCGUGGUGUAACUGAGCGCAUACUAUCGUGGAAUGAACGCCCAUGGGAUAUUAUGAAACAAUUGGGCAAAGAUUCCAUCAGGCAAAUGGAAUUGAUGCGUUUUUAUAUGCAGCAUAAACAGGAUCCUCACGGUCCAAAUAUCGCACUAUUCGUUGGAAAUUUACCACCGGGCUUAUCACAACGUAACUACGAACAAACCUUGAAUAAAUAUGUUACCGACGACAACAAAUUUACCAGCAUUGGACCCAUCUACUACGAAUACGGUUCGGUAGUAUUAUCAUUCGAAGAUGCACAAAAAGCGGUUCGAGCUUUCUAUAACUUACGCGAAACUAUUAUAGAAGAUAAGAAACUCCUGGUUAUGCUAUUACCAAACAUUGAACCAAGUAUGGUCCCGCCAGAUGUGAGGCCACUACUAGUGUUUGUUAACGUAAAAUCAGGCGGUUGUCAAGGUCUUGAACUGAUAUCCAGUUUCAGAAAACUUCUCAAUCCUUACCAGGUAUUCGAUUUGGAUAAUGGUGGACCACUGCCGGGUUUAUAUGUUUUCCGGCAAAUUGCUAACUACAAGAUUUUGGUAUGUGGCGGUGACGGCACCAUCGGCUGGGUAUUGCAAUGCCUGGACAAUGUAGGACAGGAUUCAGAAUGUUCAAGCCCCCCCUGCGCUAUAGUACCUUUGGGUACUGGCAAUGAUUUGGCGCGCGUGCUUUGCUGGGGUUCUGGCUAUACGGGUGGUGAAGAUCCUUUGAAUUUGCUGCGCGACGUUAUCGAAGCUGAGGAGAUACGUCUGGAUCGUUGGACGGUUGUAUUCCAUCCGGAAGACAAGCCGGAAGAGCCUGCACUGAAGGCGCCCUCAAAUACAACGGGUAAGAAGAAGAAGGCUCACCAAGCACAUCUAUCGCAACAAACAAAUCAGCAUCAUCAAUUACCGGCCAUUACAUCGACUGAAAUAUCAGGUGGUGGAGCCCAGAAUGAGGACAAUUCACAAAUUUUUGUUAUGAAUAACUAUUUCGGUAUUGGCAUUGAUGCCGAUCUUUGCCUAGAUUUUCACAAUGCACGCGAGGAAAAUCCCAACAAAUUCAAUUCCCGUCUACACAAUAAAGGUUAUUAUGUUAAAAUGGGCUUAAGAAAGAUUGUUGGACGUAAGACAGUUAAAGAUCUGCAUAAAGAACUAAAAUUGGAAGUUGAUGGUAAAGUCGUUGAACUGCCACCUGUUGAGGGGAUAAUUAUUUUGAAUAUUUUAAGUUGGGGCAGCGGUGCCAAUCCCUGGGGUCCGGAUAAGGAUGAUCACUUCUCUAGUCCAAAUCACUACGAUGGUUGGUUGGAGAUUGUUGGUGUUACAGGUGUUGUACACUUAGGACAAAUACAGUCCGGAAUACGAACAGCAAUGAGAAUUGCACAGGGGGCUCAUAUAAAAAUUCAUUUAUACUCGGAUAUGCCAGUUCAAGUCGAUGGAGAACCUUGGGUACAGAGUCCUGGCGAUGUUGUCGUGUUGAAAUCUGCUCUAAAGGCCACGAUGCUAAAAAAGAACAAGAGCAAAAUUAAGCGACGAAACACGGAGCCAACCAUGGCACUCACCGGGACAACACCGCAACUCUCCCUGGCGCCAACAGUUGUGUUGGCAACUGCCAGUGAUACCAGCACAGGUGACACAGACACUGAAAAUGCGCCAAAUAAUACAGAUUUCUGAAUAUGGUACAGUGAGCGUUUGAUUUAACGUGCUAAUUGAUUUUGAUAGUUUUUUUGGAAGGCAUACAAAUAUGACUGCUGUUUUGUUUUGUAUUUGUAAUAUAAGUACCUAUAAUUAUAUGAGAUAUUUUUUAAAUAUUUAUGCGUAUUAAAGAACAAACAUUCCAAAUGAAAAGUUUGGUGCACUUUUUACUAACACGAAAUGUGUAGUUACGAAGUGCUUUAAUUCUUACCACAUUAAUAAAUAUUAAUUAGUUUGUCCACUGAAAAUCAAUAGAUAUAUUCAGACUAAGCUUUUUAUCGCAGUGUAUUGUAAUUCGGUGAGAUUAGCCGUACAUUUUGUUUGUAAUUAUUACCAAAAAUAAAAAGCAAGACUGAAAUUACCGAAUAACAAUUUACAACCGCAAAGAGCUCAGUCUCAAUUAGCCUAAUAAUAAAGAAAAGAACUUAUUCCACGUUAAAACACAGACCCGCUAACAUAGUGCAUCCUAGUUAAACGCCUUAAGGUUUUAUACAUCUCAUGUAUUUUAAAUGGACCAAAGAUUUGAUAAGCCACACAAAGGAUUCGGAACAUCAUCAUCUUGACCGUAAAUGACUGCAUUUCCAAGCAUUCAACUUGCUCGACAAUUACCCAUGUGGAAUACAAACGCCUCUAAUGCAAAUACAGCCCAACUUUUGCAAAAAAAAACUUUGCAAACAAAAUUGUUAGUUUGAAAUUAUUGUAACAAAAAUAUUGGCAGAAGAAUGUCAAUUUAAAUAACAAGUGCUCGAAAUGUAUUACUUAUUCUAUAACGUAACUUAUUUUGUCAAAAUACUGACGCAUACGAGUAUAUCUUAAAGCAAAGUUUUGCAGUAAUAUAAUUUAAAGAAAAAUUAAAGCCUGCUUCUUUAGUACGUUAAAUACAAAUCGCUCUCUGUCUUCUAUUCAUUUCGUAAAUAUUAUCCUACAUGCCACACAGUUAUUAUAUGUACAUAUGUAGUGGAAAAGUUUCUAAACAAACUAAGAAACAGGAAGGGCCGGUCUGCAUUCAUACGAAUAUGGCACUUUAUAAAUAUUCAAAAUGAGAAAAAAAAAAACAAUUGGAGAGGAUAAACUUAAAAAAUGUCUCCGUCGCAAAAACUAAUAAAGUAAAAUAUCACAAGACAGAUUGAUGUUGAGGAUUAAAAACAACAACAACAGCACUCAGCAACCAAAAAAAAAAUCAUUAUGAAAAUUAGGACGACCCAAGAUAAUGUUAGAAUUAAACUAAAUCUACCAAAAUGAUAAAAGAAAAAUAUUUGAAAACAGGAGAGGAAACAAUUUGACAUUGAAGAAGCGAAACUGGUCAAAUUUAUUGAGUCGCUUGCUAUUGCUGGGAGUUUAAAUGCAUUAAAUAUCGGAAUGAAGUAUUAUUUCCAUUCAUGCCAAAAUUUUGAAAUUGGUGUUAACCUUAAUUUGACGUUAAUUUAAUUAAUUAAUCAUUCCGGCCAGCAUUGCGAUAAGUCAGUGAAAAACCACUAAUUAAUAUCAAAGAAAUUCCAAUGUAUGAACCCAAACACUUUUAAAAUCAAAUAUGUAAUUUUAGUGGAAGCAAACGUUUAAAGGUUCCGUUGAUUUUUAUUCGACCUUUAGAACCCUUUGUUGUUAAUUGUUUGAUAUCAUUUAGUAAAAUAAUUCAGUAGCAAAGCUUAUCUCAUUCGUUGAUUUAUAAGUUAACGGUAUAAAAAUAUUAAAAAUAAGGAGUAUAUUUUUUACAAUAUAUGUUUGUACAUAUAUGUUAAUUUUUCCCCCUUAAAAUAUUGAAAAACAUAUUAUUGUCCAUAACUUGAGUAAAAAUUCAUUUUUGUGUACUUAAAAUUAGUACUCGUUGAAAAACAAAAAAAAAUAAACUCAAUACUAAAAUUUAAAUUAAUUUCAAAAUUGUACGCUCUAAGUGCAGAAAAUUGCUACCCAAACUUUUUUUUUUUAAAGUUUAUAAAUAUUGCACAUUCAUUGAGGAUAUCACCAAAAUUUGAGAUGUAAUACGAAUUCACUUUUAAGACUAAUAGAAAUAAUGUCAAUGUGAAAUAUUUGAUAAAGUUGAAAAGGAAAUGCUUUUUAUAAAGCGAAAAAAGUUUGGAGAUAUUUAAGGUGGGCUGCUUGUUGAGAUAAAUUGUGUAUUAUAAAUACAAAUAGAAAUAUGUGCUAAAUAUAAAAGUGGUAGUCUGAUGAUGCAAUUGGUAGUAAUUUUCUACAUUAUUGUUUACAAUAUAAAAUGGAAAAAUUGAAACAAUAAAUAUUGUGCAAAUGCACCACCAAUGUGGUUGAAAUUAAUGUAAGAAAAUAAAGCCAUAAUUGCAAGCUAAAGGAAAUGAAGAGAUUAAGAAAAUGAAAAAGAAGUUAGUCGAAGCAUAUGACGACACUUAUGCAAACUACAAUAGCAAAAUGUAUGAGAAACAUUCUUAAAGUUAUUGAUAUUUCUUUUUAUCUGUAUAAGGUAGACCUAGCAUUUAUUUCAAAGGAAAUGUAAAAAUCUAAAGAUUGCUGUCUAAGCGUCACGGAACUCAGACAACAGUGCUUUAGCAUCCCUAUUUACAUCACAAAGAAACAUACAUAUAUACAGGUCUAAUUUAUCUUAUUCAAAACCACAGUACAGAAAAACCAGAUCUUAAGAAGAAAAAAUCAAAUGAAGUACAGUGAUAAAUCGCCUUGACCUGCUACGAUUAGGGGCUCAGUGAAUGCGGUAUAAUCAGCACCUCAUAAGAAUUCCGUGAACAACACUGGUCGUUACACGCUGCAGACGCUCGUCGAUUUUACAACGUGUCCUGGACUUUAACAGCAUACAGGCAAUGCAAGGAAAAAACAUAAAAUUUAGGGUUAUAUAUAUUAUUAAUACAAUAAGCAUUAAAUAAUCUUGCAUUCAACUGCUGACAAUUGCAGGACACAUUGUUAGCUAAGUGUGUGGGGAUCAAACAUUCGAUUAACUGCAUUCACAAAAAAUCUGCAGCUGGUAGGUGAUUUUGAAACAAAAUUAAAAAAAACUAGUAAUGUAAAAUUAAUAAAUAAAAUUAAGAACAAAAACUGUUAAUUUCAUAUAUUUUAGCUUAAAAUAUGGAAAAACACUCCUCUAAAAAGCUGAAUAAAUACUUACAAAACAUGCAAAUAUUUAAAGGAAUCCAAAACAUAAAUACCAAUAAAAAUUGGGCUACAAAAACUAAAUUAAAUAUUAGAAAUUGAUGUAGUGUUUAGUAAUAAGUGAUAAAACCAAUUAUGGAAGAAAAUACUAAAUACUUAAAGAAAUAAAUUGAAGCAGAGCAAAUUAUAAAAUACAA